AAAGAUAUCGACAGGAUAUUAUAAUGUCGCUAUUCUCUAAAUCUUUGUUGAUUCUCGCGGUUUACGCUGCGAUCAACGACGCUCAAGUAGUAGACGACGAGGGUUGCGAGACCCUGCAGACGGAAGUACGAAUCACCAAGGACGAGUACGACGAGCUGACACGUCUGCGAAGAACGUGCAGCGGCGAGAUAUCCGUCAGCAAAUGCGAGGGCUUUUGUAAUUCGCGAAUGCAGCCGAGCAUUGUCACCACUACGGGCUUCUCCAAAGAAUGCUACUGUUGCCGUGAGAGUUAUUUGAAGGAAAGACCCGUUAUUCUGAGUCAAUGCUACGAUGCAGACGGGAUUCGACUGAUAGGCACGGAUGACGAAACCAUGGAGAUCAAGAUACGCGAGCCUGCCGAAUGUAAAUGCAUCAAGUGUGGAGUCGACGAAUGCCAAGCGACGCGUGUGAUACACUUCCUAGAGUAUCCCGGAUGUGUUCCCAAACCAAUCCCCAGUUAUGCAUGCAGAGGACGCUGUAGCAGUUAUCUGCAGGUGUCCGGAUCAAAAAUGUGGCAGAUGGAAAGAAGCUGCACUUGCUGCCAGAUCAGCGGCGAAAGAGAAGCUAGUGUAUCCCUGUUCUGUCCGAGGGCGAAACCGGGGGAGAAGAAAUUCAGAAAGGUGAUCACCAAGGCGCCCUUGGAAUGCAUGUGCAGACCUUGCACCAGCGUAGAGGAAUACGCAAUAGUUCCUCAGGAGAUCGCAGGAUUCGCCGACGAAGGCCCGUUCGCCACGUCCGCGCACUUCCGACGAUCACCGGGUCUACAAUAGUUGCUAUUUCGUCGGAAUGUCACACUGCCGCAAGAAUUGCACGGUAACGCAUAAGCUUUAAGAGUAACAAGACCACGCGCGAGCCACUCUUUUCACGUUUAGCACGAUUAUUCGCUGAUAUAUGAAAUAUUAAGAAAAAGAAUUCUCGAACAUGCUGCGUUCUUUUCAUCCAUCUCUGCCGAGCAAAGUCGCGAGAUCGAUAUGUGUAUACACAAUGAAUUCAAAUGUAUCUAUGUAAUACGUAUACAGGAUAUCAAAAUAAAUAUCACCUGAGUCCGAAAA